CGGGGGGAAAGAAGAGGGGAGGAAAGACAUCAACCGCCCAGAUGCUACGCCGCGAUUAGUGGGAGGGAAAAUAAAUAAUCAAGUGCCUCAUCCGCUGCUUUUGGGAAGGGCUGGCCUGGCUGGGAUCCGGCAGCCCCUCCUCUUCCUUCUCCGUCCUCCUCUUCCUCUCCCUCGCUCCCGGCCAGCCGCCGUUCCUCGGAGGGGGCGAGACGCGCGCAGAGCCCGCAGGCCCCCCGGCCGCAAGCGAUGGGCGACAUCCCCGGCCUCGUGAAAAUCAGCGUCUCCCUCAAAAUCCAGCCCAACGACGGGGCCGUGUAUUUCAAGGUGGACGGGCAGCGCUUCGGCCAGAACCGCACCAUCAAGCUGCUGACCGGCGCCAAGUACAAGAUCGAGGUGUCCCUCCGACCCGGCACCGUCCAGGCCACGACCAUGGGCAUCGGCGGUGUCAAUGUCCCACUGGAAGAAAAAUCACGGGAUGCACAAGUGGCCUCUUACACAGGGAUCUACGACACAGAAGGGGUGCCCCAUACCAAAAGUGGGGAGAGACAGCCCAUCCAAGUCAACAUGCAGUUUAAUGACAUUGGCGUUUUUGAGACAGUCUGGCAAGUCAAAUUCUACAACUACCACAAACGGGAUCAUUGCCAGUGGGGAAACAGCUUUGGCAGUAUUGAGUACGAAUGCAAACCCAAUGAAACACGCAGUCUCAUGUGGAUCAAUAAAGAGACCUUCCACUGAAGAGAUGGGAAACCAAGACUGCUGGACAAUCUCCCUAAAGAAAAAUCUACCUUUUUAAACCAGCAACAAGCCUUAACAAAGGCAUACUGGAACACUGCUUUGUCCAUAAGGUUCCAACAACUACAUUGUAUAUACAGCUGGUGCCACUAAAAUAUUUGCCUAUUACUGUAUUUUAAGUUUACCAUGGCAUCUGCAACAUUCAUUAUCUGUCACCCUGAGAAUACUGAAGGGUUCAUGGUAAAGGAUAUUUGAUAGCUGGGUAGGAAGUCAUAUCAUAAUACUGUUGUAAGUAUUUGGAUUAUUCAGACUAGAUGUAAAAACUUUUGUGAAGUGUUUUGCUUCAUUGCUUAGAAUUUGGAUUAACAUCACAUUGGUGAUUUCUGUAUUUGCCUUUGUGUUUGCUUCAAAAUUGGUGUGUUCCUUCAAGCAUUUUGACAUACUGUCUUCCCAGUGGACACCAAAAAUUAAAAAUAUGGUUAUUUGUAGGUUUAGCUAAAUGGCAGCUAAUGCACUGUUGGUAUUGUGCUUUCAUACCAAGGGAUUUGGGAACUCAUUCUCCCUUUUGUUAAGUGCUGUAAGAUAUUCUGUGACGUUUGCUAAUUUACCACAUCUCUCAAAGAGGAUUCUUUUUUGUUAAGUUUCCCAGUCUUUGAAAUAGCAUUAGGAAAAGGUAUAAAACAUGAUGAAGGAAGAGCAAUAAAUCAGCUGUGUUAUCCAAGACAUCUAACAACACGGCUAAGACCUAUCUUAAGAUCAUAUGGUAUCCCUGAGAGAUACAGCAGCCAUACUUAAUUUAGUUCUUAGACUAAGAGUUCUGAUAUUAAACUCCAUUUUUAUUUUAAUAGCAUAUUACUGAAAUCAGUUAAACCUUACAAAUCAACAUUUUCAAGCCUGACCACUGUAUUAAUUGUUUAAUUUAUAUUAAUUGACAAGAUUUCUGACCAACAAACAGUAGUGUGAAGGGCACAGAUCCCAGUGCACGUUUAUACAUGCACUGCACACUUUCAAAUAAAGAUAAGCAUGUAAGCAUUUGCAUAUUUAUAACUAAAGGUGCUUCAUAAACACUAGAUCAGUGUUUAACACAAACAGACAACACAAACCAGACAUAUCUUUUAUUCCAGUACAGGCAGGGAAGCAAGGAAACAAUGACUCUUGUCCUGUCCUCAGCUUGGGUUGAAAUAAGCUGUCAGUUCCUGCAUAUCUGUUAUUCCCUUUGUGAAUAAUUUGUAAAUUGUGUAUGUAAAUGGUAAACAUGACUUUUGAUCUUCGUAAUAAAGGACCUAAACAAUUUCCUCUCUACUAUGGCCAUCUAAAUGAGCUGAAAACAUUGUAUUUAAAAAGGCAGUGGUUUUAGAGAAUCAGACAGCAGAGGGUAUGCAGCCAGUGCUUUUUGAGAAUGCACUCCAAAGUACCUUAUGUUCCUCACCCAAAGCUAGUGUUUCUAGGAAACACAGAUCCAGUGUGCUAAAAUGCAGAUGGUUAAGGUGAUAACACUCAGCAGUGUUUAUUAACGUGCAGUUAGUUCCUGUAAUAUAGUGUGAAAAGUAAAGAUUUAGGACAGAAUUGAAUUAGCAAAGAAGUAUUUUCUUCCUCUGAAUUAUUAAUCGAAAGGCUUUACCAGUUGCAGAUUUGUACAGCCAAGAGAACUGACAGUGGCACUGAUGUGACACUGCUGGAACGGUGAGCAGGCCAGCUGCAGCUCCACCCUAAGGCAACAUCACAUGGGCAAAUUUUACUGACAUGAAAAUCUAGAAAUAGUCUUCUUCCCUAGACUUUUCCUAGAAAGAAUUCUUCACAAUGAAAAAACCUGACCGAAUUCAAACCUACACUUCAGCCAGGAGUGUUAUUGCCAGCAUUUUAGCAGAAGCUUCCAGACAACAUGCUUUAAUGAUUCUAGACUUCCAGCUGUGAAUCAGUUCUGUCUCUACAUUGCUAGAAGAAUGUUUUUAUUGUGCAAUAAUUUGCAUAUUUUGGUUUGUUUUGUUUGUACAUAUGAACACGUAUGCACACUGACACACUGGCAAGAAAUACAUGUGACACAUGAAUUCACAAACUUCUGUCCUAGUAAAAAACAUGUGAGACCCACAGUGUCCUAGCUCUCCAGCAUUUAAGAAAUGCUGCUGUGAAUAAAUCCAGCUGACCCUGGCACAGGAGGGUUGUUAUUCUCAGCCAGCUGGAAGUAUACCCUUCCUAAGGCAAAUUCUCAUGCCCACAUUAAUGCCAAACAGGGCACCUCUUCUCUCACAACCUAGCAGGUCCUGUAGCAAUGCAGUUCAGAGGAUGAUCAAGAAAAAGGCUGCAGAUGAAGCAAGUUGUUUUUGAAAGGAAGGAGAGAACAGCAAGAGCAACUGUGUUGUACAUUCCCAUAUCCUAAGACUGAACACUGCUGCCCAGGAUUGCAGCACCCCUUUCAUAGAAAGCAGCAGGGAUAGAAAGGAUGAGAACUGGUUAAUCACUUCUCUGGGGAAGGUGUAAAUGGCAUUUAUCAGCUCUUAUAUCCUUCUCCCCUGGGUGAGGUUUAAGCACACAGAAAUGCAAUUUGCACUAGUUUUAAAUAAAAGAUUAUUCACGUGAUGUUGGCUGAGUAUCCAUACCACCAGCUCUGAUACUCCACACAUGUAAAGCAAAAUGUCCCAUGAACUUCCACUUGCUCAUCAAGUGCUUUGCUAACAAAGUAAACAUUUGCUCCUAGUAAAGGAGACCCAAGACUUGAGCAGUUCUCUGGAAAGUAAUGUUUUGAAUUUCUGUCAUCCAGGAAAACUCUGUUGAAUAUUCAUAGAAUUUGAGUCACUACAAAACUGUUGCUGUGACAGUUUGAUGCAUUAUUCAAUCUGCAGCAUUUAAAUCUCCAGACGAGUUUGUUCUUUACACAGUUUUUUCUAAUUAAUAUUUCCAUUUUUAUACAGAACUCUGUAAUUCAGGACACAAUAACACUAGGAUUAAGUAUAUAUGUCAGAAAAUGCUGACAAUGUGUCAAUCCAGCUGAAAGCACUCAGAGCUGGAGUCAUUUUAUAAAUGAGAGACUUCAAGAUUUUUGUCAUGAAGUGUCCAGCUGUCAUUUUCAUAAGGAAAAUGAAACGAACAUUCCAAAUCUUUGUGUCACAUCUAUAUUCAGAGGUAGCAGAUAGCUCUUUGAUACUGCUGAGUAACAGGGUUCAAAAGGAAGUUACUAGUCAUGAUUAUUACAGUUGUGAUCCUGCAUAGGGCUUGUAUUAGACCAUUAGAUUUUGCACAAAACUUUGUGUUUAGUGCAGCUACUACAGGCUUUGGUAUCUCCUACCAUCUGACUGUAUAUGAAACAAAAAUAAUACACCUCAAGUCUUCCAUGCUCUACUUUCAUAUGAUAAAGAGGUCUUACUGGCUUCAGCUGAAGCUCUGUCCAUUGGUUUGCAAAUGCAGUGACCCUUACUGAUUCCAGACUAGCAAAGAAUCAGAAGAUCCAAUUUAUAAAAUUCUUUGUAUAAAAGAUGUGAACUAAACUUCUGUACAAUAAAGGUGUAAGUUUUGUAAUACAAGGCUUUUGUGUGUGCCAGCAGAGGUUCUUUUUCACUUGGUUCAGAGCACUGCCCUCACUUACUAUGUAAAAUUUUGAUGUAUGUGCUGUGUUCCAUUCUUCUGAAGCCUCAAGCAAAGCUUUGAUUAAAUAAGGACGUGGCACGUUGUAAAUGCUAACCUCUUUCUG